AUGCCUACCGGAACCUCAAGUCAGACAGGAGUUCAACCCCUACAGAAACGCAAAACACCAGACCAACAAUAUCGAGACCUCAAGCUAAAGGCCGAAAAGCUGGGCUUCGUUAUCCAACACUCGAAAUUCUGUGUCAGUCGUCCAGGAAACGUCCCUACUGAACAUCAAGCAAGAUUUGAGCAUAUACAGACACUGGGAAAGGUUGAGUUUGACUCAUACGGCUUGCAGCCAAGCCCCGAUACAGUGGAUAAACCAUGGCAACUUGAGAAUAAAGGUAAAGCCAAUGGAAUACGGCAGAAGGCUAUCAAAUGUAGGGAAGAAACAACGAAUGAGGCGAAAUGGCGCUUUGAGGUUGAGGCUAAGCUCUUUGAGCGUUUCGAGAUUGAAGUCGCGUGUUAUGACCCUGGCUUGAGCCCAAUCUUCUCAUCUCGAAUCCAAUCGCGAAACUGUCUACCUCGCGAACACGAAACAAAUUCCAAUGCUGUCACAAAGGAACCCGACCGCGUCCAUGGACUACAAAGUACAGCGAGCCUCGAAAAGCUGCUGCAGCAGAGAAGUGGAGCUCAGUCACUAUUGAACUCAGAGCCUUCACAGAGAUUAGCCGACAUACUACAAACUAGCUGUAACCCUGAUGACAGCGGGAAAAGGCUGCUUUUUCCCUUCCUGGUGAUGGAGGCAAAGAGAGGCAGACAGGGGGGUGACUUUGAUGAGGUUGAGAUUCAGACUGCACAUCCAAUCAGACAUCUCCUUGUUCUCCAAUGGGAACUUCAUCAGAACGAGUUCAACCAAAUGAAGAUGCCUGGAGGGCCUCUCGCGUGGUUCCUUGCCAACGUUGGCGAGAUCUGGAGGGUGUAUGGAUGUUAUGUAGAUCCAAGUGGCGACAGAUCGCGACCGUCCUGGAAUACCAUCCUUCUUUGGCAAGGUAGUAUUACGGGGUACGACGAAGCACUACAGUUGACACUCAUCAUUGACUACAUUCUGGAUUGGGCACGAGAUACCUAUCGGCCCAGUAUCAUUCGACAACUCAAAUGCAUCGGAGCAAGAGGUGCCAACUCUAAUUAUACAGUUACUCACGAUUCUGACAUCUUCUCCAUGAUGAACCCUAUAGGUGAAUGGCUUGGUGCUCAAGGCGCGCAAACUGCAGUACCAACCAUAGUUGCGACGAAUUUUACGGAUAUGCGGGAGCAUGCCACGGAGGAUGAUUCUGCAGAAUCUUUGUUCAAUCUGUCAGGCGGCAAACAGGUUAACGUAGAAGAGUUACUAGCUAGCAUCCGAGAGCCAGUUAGAAAACUCGUCAAUACAAGCAAGGACGAGAGAGCAUGGAGACACCCCAUCCACUCAAGCCGCUAUGGUCGGGUAAGACUUGGAACGGCACUUGAAUCCCGCGUGUAUGGGGUAUACAUCACGGCAGAUAACAUUGGGACUAUGCUCCAAGGCUUCGGGGGUUACCACGCACAGAGAAACCUUGCGGACAAGAUCGAUAAAAUCGUCCGAACUCGAACAAGAUGUUUUGCCCUUGACAAUGCGCAGGCUCUUGGCAGGAUGGAGCGGAUCUGGACUGGCGAUUCCACGUACUCACUGGCCCUCUCACACCCGACCUUGAUCUCUAUACAAGUCAGGUUCUGGGUGACGUACAAAUUUGAACUGAUACGGGAGUUGAACUACUUAGCCAUUACUGAAGAGGCAUACAAUAGUCUUAGUUUCUCAAGACGGCGCAAGAACCUGGGAAUUUCAAGAAUGAACCAUUGGAAGCCUAUUUCAGCCGAUCACCUUGUUUCCUUCCUAGAAGACAAGGACAACACAUUCAAAGAGGACUUUUUCCUUCGCUGCCUGAAAUCCCAAGUUUUGGUCUUGCAUCACUCAUCUCAUUUGGAGUUCCGACCGGAUGCAAGGCUCAGGGGCACUCAGGGACCAGUAGCUGAGCUAGUAUCAGAGAUCUACGAAAAGCACCGAAUUGGACAGCGCAAACCGGACGAAGCGUUUAUAAAGGAGCUCGAGACGAUUGAGAACAUCCUUCCAACGCCCGAACAUGCAUUUUGGAGCGCAAACAAAAAGGGAAUACUCGCUCGAGAUAUGACCUCAGAUCUCUGUCUCUAUAUCCCUGAUUCAAGCCUUGCGCUCAAUCGAGCCGAGAAUCUUGCUUCGAGAUUUUCGCUUGAUAAGAAAGUGUUCCGCAACUGUGUUACCAGCCGUCAUGGUGGCGCCGACCGUCAUGGUUCCGAAGAUUGGCCUAGCCUCAAUUGCGGGUUACAAGAGCUUGCAUCGUGGAUUAUGGAGGACAGGCCCAAGAGAGAUCAACUGAAAGAGAUACAAAGUGCCUUCCCAAGCAUCACAGAUUUCAACAAGUUUAUGGAGUUUAGACACGAGCAUAGAAGAGGCAGGGGCCGUAACUAUAAAUUCUCAAGCAGCGACUACUAG